ACCGUGGCCAUUGGCCUAAGUGCCCAACAAAACCACGACCGCCGGCAGUGCGCGGUAGCAAGCAGAAGUAGCAUUGCAACCCGGCGAUCGAUGGCGUCGUCUCGGCCGGAGACGGCAGGGGGAGCGCCGUGGAGUAAGCUGCAGGGGCAGGUGGUGCUGGUGACGGGCGCCUCCUCCGGCCUCGGCCGCGAGUUCUGCCUCGACCUGGCGCGCGCGGGCUGCCGGGUCGUCGCCGCGGCGCGCCGUGCCGGUCGUCUCCGCUCCCUCUGCGACGAGAUCAACGCGGCCGCCGAAAUCCCCCUGCCCCUGGCGGUGGCCGUCGAGCUCGACGUCGCUGCCGGCGAGUCGCUCGUCGAGGACGCGGUGCAGAGGGCGUGGGACGCCUUCGGCCGCGUCGAUGUCUUGAUCAACAACGCAGGUGUACGAGGAGGUGUGCAUUCGGCGUUGGAUUGGCCGGAGGACGAGUGGGAUAAACUCAUGAAGACCAACCUUCGGGGAGUAUGGCUCGUGGCCAAGCAUGUGUGCAGACGCAUGCGUGAUGCCGAGCUCAAGGGUUCGGUGAUAAACAUAUCGUCUACUUCGGGUCUUGAUGGCGGGAUCACACAUGGCUCCCUGGCAUACUCAGCCUCCAAGUCUGCCGUGCACUCUGUCACAAAGCUCAUGUCUUUGGAAUUAGGAGCACAUGGCAUUAGGGUGAACACGAUUGCCCCCGGAAUCUUCAAGUCGGAGAUAACUGCUCCGUUAUUCGAAAAGCGGUGGAUGAACGAUGUCGCUUCAAAGAUUCUGCCACUUAAAAAAAUUGGUACUCCUGAUCCAGCGUUGACGUCGCUGGUUCGUUUCCUGACGCAUGAAACGUCGUCGUAUAUAAGUGGUAACAUAUUUGUUGUAGACUCAGGCCUCGUCCUACCUGGUGUCCCAAUAUUCUCAUCUCUAUAAUUUGAUUGCUCCAACUUCUCUCUACAAGUCGAUUAGGAGUAUUCCAUUACUUAUUGUCCAUUCGAUAGUCGGACAUACUGUAUGUA